AUGGUAGUUGGCUCCUCCCCCUCCUCUCUCACCCUCUGGUUCUGUGGCUCCUCCCCCUCCUCGCUGUUGGGUCCUCCCCCUCCUCUCUCACCCUCUGGUUCUGUGGGUCCUCCCCCUCCUCUCUCACCCUCUGGUUCUGUGGCUCCUCCCCCUCCUCCCCCUCCUCGCUGGUAUGGUAGUUGGGUCCUCCCCCUCCUCUCUCACCCUCUGGUUCUGUGGCUCCUCCCCCUCCUCUCUCACCCUCUGGUUCUGUGGCUCCUCCCCCUCCUCCCCCUCCUCGCUGGUAUGGUAGUUGGGUCCUCCCCCUCCUCUCUCACCCUCUGGUUCUGUGGCUCCUCCCCCUCCUCCCCCUCCUCGCUGUUGGGUCCUCCCCCUCCUCUCUCACCCUCUGGUUCUAUGGCUCCUCCCCCUCCUCUCUCACCCUCUGGUUCUGUGGCUCCUCCCCCUCCUCCCCCUCCUCGCCGGUAUGGUAGUUGGGUCCUCCCCCUCCUCUCUCACCCUCUGGUUCUGUGGCUCCUCCCCCUCCUCUCUCACCCUCUGGUUCUGUGGCUCCUCCCCCUCCUCCCCCUCCUCGCUGGUAUGGUAGUUGGCUCCUCCCCCUCCCUCUCUCACCCUCUGGUUCUGUGGCUCCUCCCCCUCCUCCCCCUCCUCGCUGGUAUGGUAGUUGGGUCCUCCCCCUCCUCUCUCACCCUCUGGUUCUGUGGCUCCUCCCCCUCCUCGCUGGUAUGGUAG